GAACAUGGUGGAAUUUUUAUUAAAGAAAAAUGCAAAUGUAAAUGCAGUUGAUUCUCUUAACAGAUCAGCCCUCAUACUUGCUGUUACUCUUGGAGAAAUAGAUAUAGUCAUUCUUCUUCUGAAGCAGCACAAUAUUGAUGUGUUUUUUCGAGAUGCAUAUGGAAAGACUGCAGAAGAUUAUGCGAUUGAGACUCAGAAUAAAGUCAUUUUCGGACUAAUUUCUGAAUACAAAAGAGAAAAGACAUCUGAAGAGCUCCCUAUAAAUAGCAAUCCAGUGUCUUCUCAGAAACAACCGGCCUUGAAGGCUACAAGUGAAAAGAAAGAUUCUGUUUCGAAUAUAGCCACAGAAACAAAAGAUGGAGAAAAAUCUGGGACAGUGCUUCCUCCUGCUAAAGACUGUUUAAACAGGAGUCUCUGUAGACCGGAUAAUAUUGCACAGCCUGUGACAGAGGAUGAGUUUGAUUUGGAAUCUGAGAUUAUUUCAAAACUAUACAUCCCGAAGAGAAAGAUUAUUUCUCCGAAAUCUAUAGACGAUGUGCUUCCUCCUGUUGAAGAGUGUUUUGACAGGAGUCUCUACAUACCAGAUAUUGUUGCACAGCCUGUGACAAAGAAUGAGUUUGAUUUGGAAUCUGAGGAAGAAAAAUCACUAUCAGCAACUGGAGAAGAAGCAAAUGUGUCUCCUGAGCAAACGCCUUUAUUCACGCAUACCGUGGAAGACAGAGAUCACAUUUCAACUAGAUUCUUAAGAAGCAUGGAUUCACUAACUUCCAGCGAAGGAUCUUCUGAGCAACCUCCUUUAUCCACGCUUACCCCAAAAGAAGCAGAUCCCAGUUCCAAAGUAGCCAUAAGAAGGAAGGAUUCACCACCUCCAGGAAAAGUGUCUUCUGAGAAACAACCAGCCUUGAAGGCUACAAGUGAAAAGAAUGAUUCUGUUUCGAAUAUAGCCACAGAAAUAGAGGAGGGACCAACAUCUGGGACAGUGUCUUCUCGGAAACAACCAGUCUUGAAGGUUACAAGUGACGAGAAAGAUUCUGUUUCAAAUAUAGCCACAGAAAUAAAGGAUGGACAACAAUCUGGGACAGUGUCUUCUCAGAAACAACCAGCCUUGAAGGCUACAAGUGACAAGGAAGAUUCUGUUUCGAAUAUAGCCACCAAAAUAAAGGAUGCACAAAUAUCUGGGACAGUGUCUUCUCAGAAACCACCAGCCUUGAAGGUUAUAAGUGACGAGAAAGAUUCUGUUUUGAAUAUAGCUACAGAAAUAAAGGAUGGACAAGAAUCUGGGGCAGUGUCUUCUCAGAAACAACCAACCUUGAAGGCUACAAGUGACAAGGAAGAUUCUGUUUCGAAUAUAGCCACAGAAAUAAAGGAUGGACAAGAAUCUGGGACAGUGUCUUCUCAGAAACAGCCACCCUUGAAGGCUACAAGUGACAAGGAAGAUUCUGUUUCGAAUAUAGCCACAGAAAUAAAGGAUGGACAAGAAUCUGGGACAGUGUCUUCUCAGAAACAACCAGCCUUGAAGGCUACAAGUGACAAGGAAGAUUCUGUUUCGAAUAUAACCACAGAAAUAAAGGAUGCACAAAUAUCUGGAACAGUGUCUUCUCAGAAACCACCAGCGUUAAAAGUUACAAGUGACGAGAAAGUUUCUGUUUCGAAUGCAGCCACAGAAAUAAAGGAUGGACAAGAAUCUGGGACAGUGUCUUCUCAGAAACAACCAGCCUUGAAGGCUACAAGUGACAAGGAAGAUUCUGUUUCAAAUAUAACCACCAAAAUAAAGGAUGCACAAAUAUCUGGGACAGUGUCUUCUCAGAAACCACCAGCCUUGAAAGCUACAAGUGACAAGAAAGAUUCUGUUUCGAAUAUAGCCACAGAAAUAAAGGAUGGACAAAAAUCUGGUACAGUGUCUUCCCAGAAACAACCACCCUUGAAGGCUACAAGUGACAAGAAAGAUUCUAUUUCGAAUAUAGCCACAGACAUAAAGUAUGGACAAGAAUCUGGGACAGUGUCUUCUCAGAAACAACCGGCCUGGAAGGCUACAAGUGACAAGAAAGAUUCUGUUUCAAAUAUAACGACAGAAAUAAAGGAUGGACAAAUAUCCGGGACAGUGUCUUCUCAGAAAAAAAAAGCCUUGAAGGCGACAAGUGACAAGGAAGAUUCUGUUUCGAAUACAGCCACAGAAAUAAAGGAUGGACAAGAAUCUGGGACAGUGUCUCCUCAAAAACAGUCAGCCUGGAAGGUUAUAUUUAAAAAGAAAGCUCCUGUUUUGAAUAUUGCCACAAGAAUAAUGGCUGGUCGGAAAUCUGGAACAGAGUAUCCUGAGAAUCUGCCCACCUUGAAGGCUACAAUUGAAAAUAAAGAUUCUGUUCUGAAUGCAGCCACCAAAAUGAAGGAUGUACAAACAUCCACACCAGCAGAACAAGAUUUAGAAAUGGUAUCAGAGGGAGAGCAAAAGAGGCUUGAAGACUAUGAAAAUAACCAGCCACGGGUGAAAAACCAAAUACAUUCUAGGGAUGACCUUGAUGACAUAGUUCAGUCAUCUCAAAUAGCCUCAGAGGAUGACUUGCUUUGCUGCAAUUGUAAGAAAGUUAUAUUACUCGUUGAUCAACAUGAAAUGAAGUGUAAAGAUUGUGUUCGCCUAUCAAAAAUUAAAAAUGCAUUUUGUUUUUGUAAAAGAUCAAUAAAACUUAAAGAUAAUCACUGUGAGCGACUUAUAGUAAAAAUUCAAAAAAUGAAAAAUAAGUUUAGUGUACUACAGAAGAGACUAUCUGAAAAAGAAGAAAUAAAAUCGUGCUUAGAGCAUGAAAAACUUGAAUGCGAACAAGAACUCUGUAGUGUGAGAUUUGCCAUACAGCAAGAAAAAGAGAAAAGAAGAAAUGCUGAAGAGUUGCACCAAAAAGUUCGGGAAAAGUUAAGAACAACAGAAGAGCAACAUAGGAUAGAAGUUGAUGUGACAGAACAAGUUAAACUGGCUCUCAAAUCACUGGAGAUGGAAUUGAAGAGUGUAGGAAAGAAUUCAAAUCAGAAACAGAUUUCUGAUACUGAUAAAAAAGAAGACCUGCUGCAUGAAAACCACUUGAUGGAAGAUGAAAUUGCCACGCUUAGACUGGAAAUAGACACAAUAAAAAACCAAAACCUGGAAAAGAAAUACUUAAAAGACUUUGAAAUUAUGAAAAGAAAGCAUGAAGACCUUCAAAAGACUCUAAAACGGAAUGGGGAAACAUUAGCAAAAACGAUAGCUGAUUAUAGUGUACAGCUUGCUGCUCUGACAGAUGAGAACGCAACGCUCCGUUCCAAACUGGAGAAGGAAACACAGACCAGGCAAAGACUGGAAACAGAAACGGAAUCAUACCGUUGUAGACUGAAUGCUCCUCUAUCUGAUCAUGAUCAAAGUCACUCAUCAGAAAGAGACCAAGAGCUUGCUUUCCAGGGCACAGUAGAUAAAUGGUGUCAUUUACAGGAAAAUUCGAAUUCUUGUGUUCUGACUCUUUCUCAGCAACUUUCUAAAGCUGAGAGUAAGUUCAGAGUCCUCGAAACUGAGCUCCAUUACACAAGAGAGGCUCUGAAAGAAAAGUCUUUGGUUUUUGAACAUGUACAAAGAGAACUAAACCAAAAACAGUGUCAAAUGAAGGACAUUGAAAAAAUGUACAAAAAUGAAUAUAAUAAAAUGGAAAAAUGCAUAGAAAAGCAGGAAAGAUUUUGUCAACUAAAAAAACAAAAUAUGUUACUUCAACAGCAACUGGAUGAUGCUCUCAACAAAGCUGACAAUCGAGAAAAAGCAAUACUUAAUAUUCAAGCCAGAUGUGAUGCUAGAGUACAAAACUUUCAAGCUGAGUGCAGAAAGCACCGUCUUUUAUUACAAGAAGACAGUAAGAGGUUGGUCAAUGAAUUGAAUCAUUUGAAAGAAAAAGCACGCCAAAAUGAAAAAGAGAAAGCAGAAAGAGAAGUAGUUGUGAGACAACUUCAGCAGAAACGAAAUGAUGUCUUAAACAAACAAUCAUCAACAAAAGCUUUGCUGGAUGCUUCAUCGCGUCACUGCGUCCAUUUAGAAAAUGAGAUGCAGGAUUCAAGGAAGAAAUUAGACCGGAUAAGUCAAUUUCAAGAAAUACGGGAUCAACUUAUAACUACUAUAAGAUGUACUAAGGAGACGGAAGGCCAUGUACACAAGCUUGAAGUAGAAAAUGCCAUGAUGAGAAAAACUAUUAAAAAACAGGAUGACCAAAUUGAGCGGCUUGAGAAAAUCCUGCAGCGUUCAAGUUUGAUGCUGCCUGUGUUCAGGAAGUAGAUGAAGGUAUGUUGCCAAAAUUUAUGAAUUAAAUUCAAAUCAUUGAUUUCUGAAAUAAACGGUAUUCCUCUCAAUUGCUUGGUUAAUAAAUGCUACAUUAAAUAUUUUUUCUUACACAUAUCCAGUGAAAGAUGUGAAAACAUAAACAUUCACAGUGAAGAGUAUACUUAUGCCUUAUUAAUUCGUCAUGUUCCAUAGCUUUAAAAAAAUCGUGAGAAGUCUGUGUAUCCCUUUUUUUCUGGCCCUACACUUUUCUUCUGCCACCCCUAUAGAACUGUCAGCCUGCUCACUGAAACUGUUCUCAGAAAACAAAGGCAUCAUCAACUUCUCAAGGUUUAAGGUAGUGAUUUAAGGCAAACAGACCCCACACUCGUUGAUAAUAAUUAGUUAAGCAAUUACAGGUCACAAGCAGUCACUUGACCAGUGACAUUUUAAAUCUCCAGUCAUUCAUUGACUUUGUUAUUGGUUUACUUUUGCCCCUGGGAAAAGUUGAAAAUUCCUUAGCAUGGAAUCAAAACUCCCACAUCAGUGUGGUUCUUGUCAAGUUAUUCAGCCUUAUAUUUCACCAGUUACCACACUCUGCCCCUUUGUUCUAGCAUCCAGCCAAACUAGACUACAUGGAGUUUCACAGUGAUCAUCCUCACCUCCAGCUCUUUGCAUUUACUUCUUCCCUCUAUUCUCCAUGUGUUUUCCUUCUCCUUCAGAUAUUAACCUAUGAAUUGUCUCCACCAAAAAGCCUACAAUACUGACACAAACCUGGGCUAGUAUCCCUUCUGUGUUUUCCAGUAAGUGCUGUCUUAUGCCUGUCAUUGUAUGUAUGACUCUGUAUGGGAAUUGCCUGUUUGUUUUUUCAGAUUAUAGCAUACAGUUGUUGAGGGGUGGACCGUAUCAUCUUUAUCUUAUAAUUCCAGUGCUUGUCCUAGUACCUUAGCACAUGGUUGCUGAAUACACAAAUGAAGAGUGAGAAAUGCAGAAGCUCUGAUACUUAACUACCAUGAUAAUGAAUUCAGUGUGCAACUAUGGGCAAAUUACAUUUAAUAGUAAUUGCAUAUUGUACUUAUUUUUCAUUCUUAUUAACACUGAUAAACGUUUCAACUCAUACUGACUUUCUCUUAGUUAACUGUGAAAUCAUUUAGCUAAGGAAUAUAAUUCUUUCUUUUUCAUUCUGACUUCUUCUGAAUUUAAAUCCGGAUCCUCUAUAGCAGGGGUCCCCAACCCCCAGGCCACGGACAGGUCCAUGACCUGUUAGGAACCAGGCUACACGGCAGGAGGUGAGUGGCAGGCAAGCGAGUGAAGCUGCAUCUGUAUUUCCAGCCACUCCCUGUGGCUCACAUUACCACCUGAGUUCUGCCUCCUGUCAGAUCAGCAAAGGCAUUAGAUUCUCAUAGGAGUGAAAACCCUAUUGUGAAUUGCACAUUCAAGGGAUCUAGGUCACAUGCUUCUUAUGAGACUCUAAUGCCUGAUGGUAUGUCAUCGUCUCCUGUCUCUUCAAGAUGGGACCAUCUAGUUGCAGAAAAACAAGCUCAGGACUCCCAUUGAUUCUACAUUAUGAUGAGUCGUGUAAUUA